AUGUCCGCCAAAUCUAUCCUCGAGGCCGACGGCAAGGCCAUCCUCAACUACCACCUCACUCGCGCCCCGGUCAUUAAGCCUACUCCUCUCCCUGCCUCCUCCACACACAACGCUCCUCCUCGUCUCGCCUCCCUCCACUUCCCCGAAGACAAGACCGUCAAGGAUGUCCUCGACCAGGCCGAGGUCACCUACCCGUGGCUCCUCGUCCCCGGCUCCAAGUUCGUCGCUAAGCCCGAUCAAUUGAUCAAGCGUCGAGGCAAGUCCGGCCUCCUCGCCCUCAACAAGACCUGGGCUGAGGCCCGUGAGUGGAUUGAGGCCCGCGCCACCAAGGAGGUUCAGGUUGAGCACGUUACCGGUGUUCUGCGCCAGUUCCUCGUCGAGCCUAUGGUUCCCCACGCUCAGGAGACUGAGAGCUACGUUUGCAUUAACUCCGUCCGUGAGGGUGACUGGAUUCUCUUCUACCACGAGGGUGGUGUCGAUGUCGGUGAUGUUGACGCCAAGGCUGAGAAGCUCCUCAUUCCCGUCGACCUGAAGAAGUUCCCCUCCAACGAGGAGAUCGCCUCCGCUCUCCUGAGCAAGGUGCCCAAGGGCAUCCACAACGUCCUUGUCGACUUCAUCUGCCGCCUGUACGCCGUCUACGUCGACUGCCAGUUCACCUAUCUGGAGAUCAACCCCCUGGUUGUCAUCCCCAACGCCGAUGCCACCUCCGCCGAUGUCUACUUCCUCGACUUGGCUGCCAAGCUUGACCAGACUGCCGAGUUCGAGUGCGGUACCAAGUGGGCUGUUGCCCGCAGCCCCGCCGCUCUGGGUCUGCCCACCCUCCCCUCCACCGACGGCAAGGUCAACAUCGACGCUGGUCCCCCCAUGGAGUUCCCCGCUCCCUUCGGUCGUGAGCUGAGCAAGGAGGAGAAGUUCAUCUCCGACAUGGACGCCAAGACCGGUGCCUCCCUCAAGUUGACCGUCCUGAACGCCAACGGCCGUAUCUGGACUCUGGUUGCUGGUGGUGGUGCCUCCGUCGUCUACGCCGAUGCCAUUGCCUCUGCUGGUUUCGUCAGCGAGCUCGCCAACUACGGAGAGUACUCCGGUGCUCCCUCCGAGGGCCAGACUUACUCCUACGCUAAGACCGUCCUCGACCUGAUGCUCCGUGCCCCUACCCACCCCGAGGGCAAGGUCCUCUUCAUCGGUGGUGGUAUUGCCAACUUCACCAACGUUGCUUCCACCUUCAAGGGUGUCAUUCGCGCCAUCCGCGAGUUCGCCCCCAUCCUCAUUGAGCACAAGGUCCAGAUCUGGGUCCGCCGUGCCGGUCCCAACUACCAGGAGGGUCUGAAGAACAUCAAGGCCGUUGGCAUCGAGCUCGGUCUCGACAUGCACGUUUACGGUCCCGAGAUGCACGUUUCCGGUAUCGUGCCUCUGGCCCUUCUGGGCAAGAAGUCCGAUAUCAAGGAAUUCAGCGCAUAA